CGCUGGGGGGUUACAGUGUGGAUUGUGGACCUACAGAGAAAAGGUUUGCACGGGAUAUUCUAGCGCAAAGGAGGAAAAGUCGUUGAGAAGAUGGCAAACAAACCACAGCAGCCUCCUCAACUUCAUCUGGCGGAAUUGAGCGCCACCCAGUUCGUCGACAUCUGGAACCAUUUCGAUACCGACGGUCAGUACUUGAACCUACUUGAAUUUUACCCACCACUUUUCUUAACUAGGUAUUGUUUCAAAUGUAGAUGAAAAUGUAAGCUAACAUGUCGAAUUGUGUAGGUUACAUAGGCUAUAUAUAGUCCAUCACAUCUUUUGUUUUCCAAGUUUUAAAAAAUAUCAUACGCUUAUCAAGGCUUUUCGGUUGUUGUUAUUUUCAAAGAUGCAGCUUGGAUAUUGGGAUAGCGUUGUCUAAAAAGUGUUGUAUAUCAUAACUGAAAAUAACUUUUGGCCAUGAGGAAAAAUCGUACGGUAUAAACUGCUGGAUGUUUUGAAUGUAGAUUUUAUUUUUUUAAUUUUGUGUGGAAAAGACAAGUAGUGCUUCACAAAAAAUGCUGUCCAUAAGCAUUCUACUGCAUUGACUUUCUUGGCAGUUAGAAAAGCAGCUGGAAAACUCCUGGUGUUACUGAUGAGAUAUAUAUAUAUUUUUAAAUAAUUUUAAAAAACCCUCUUCAACGGUUAUUAAUUGUGGGCACUAUAUUAUAUCCUUAUAAAGGUUAGAAUAGGUUACUGUGUAUUAAUUGAUCAUGGAAUCCAAUCAGAUAAAUGUAAUACAUCAGUAUUACAAUGUAAAUCAGUCUGUUUGGUCGAUCAUUACGCAUCUGACGGCUAGGCCAUACCUCCGUGCGCUAAAGGAUGGAUGGGCGUGUGCCACACUCCGUCGUCCAUAUAAAACGUGUGUAGCCUAACCACACAAUAAGUUCCAUUUUUGUAUAGGCCAUAUAAAUAAUUAGGCUACACUAACUUAACUGAAUACUUAAAUAAAGUAAUCAUAUUAUUCAACUGUAUUGACUUAUGAAGGUCCCGUGUAGCUCAGUUGGUAGAGCAUGGCGCUUGCAACGCCAGGGUUGUGGGUUCGAUUCCCACGGGGGGCCAGUAUGAAAAAAAGAAAUAAAAUGUAUGCCCUCACUAACUGUAAGUCGCUCUGGAUAAGAGCGUCUGCUAAAUGACUAAAAUAAAUAAAUAAAGGAUUAAACAAAAUAAAAACAUCUGGAUGAUGUUGUCAGGACCCAGGACAGACUCACAGUUUCCAUAGGCAUCAUAAUUGAUGGUUGGAAUCCUGCUUUAGAAAGUUGCGUUUGAAAUGUAACUAAAUGUUUGAAAAGAGGAGGAAGUUUGUCAAUCGAAUUCCUACUGUUUACAGACAUUUUCGCCAUAAAUAAAAGUUUGAUCCAAUAGUAUUAUAUUAGUGUAAUUCACGAUACAGAUGAAAUCCUAACUAAACGGAGACAGGCUACUGUAUACUUCCAGUAUUAUAUGGAAGUUCUCAGCUCAUUUCAAGCGCACGAGCCCACGCCCCUCCACACGCAUUACCCCUCGCAUCCUCUGAAAAUCAUCUGGGCAUCCUCCCCAAUUAAUAGUGUUAACUGCACAUUCUGUCCCGACCAGUUGUUGAAGCGGAAUGAGAAUCCUCAAAACGCGAGGAGUCUCUUGGAUCACUAUAAGUUCCCUCUGGGUGUUUAUGUUCUCUGAGCGCAAACAGGGAUUGGUGCUGUGGGUCCACCCUAUAGGGCAUAUACUGCACUGUCUCUCUGGCUUGAGCAUUUGCUGCAAAGACAACAUGACAUACGGAUAGAGUAGGCAUACUCAGUGCAUUUCUGCUCUCGUGCAAAUAGGCCUAACAGGCUAGGUCAGAGAAUCAGAUCUUGGGAUACCGACUUUGCUGUUGUCCAUGGUGCUGAAAUGAUUAGGCGCACAAAAAUGUUAAUGAAUAUUUUUGCUAUAGAGAACACACAGAGUUACUGUAUAUACCUGACGAAUGUGUGUCUGAUAUUGACAUUUCAGAUGUGCAUUAUGAUGCAGUUAUAAUUGUAAGACUUGGCAUGAUAGUGUAGUCCCCUUAUAAUGUAUUAUCUUGUAGCUCUUGCAUGGCUUCUAAAUCGGAAUCCACCGGUCUUGUGGGGAUUAGAUAAUCAGCUGGUAUUUUUGAACAGUUCAUCAAAUUUAUUGGCACUUGAAACACAUAACACCAUAAUGAUUCCCAAUGUUUCUCAGCAUUUGUUAUUGAUAUUAGCCUAGUACUUGUAAACUCAUAGCAUAUCAUUCUAUAUGUCAAAAAACGACUAAAAAUGGCUGAUGAUAGGAUAAGAUCAUAAUGAGACAUAGGGGUCAAACUAAAACAAGUCGAAUAAUGCAUUCUGAUUGCAUGACAGUAAAGUGCUACUAUUAAGUUGUUACAUUCUAAGGGAUACCUUUACUUUUAAGAAUAAAUAGGAAGCUAAUAUCAGAUAAUGUUGGACAUGUCUGUGACCACAAAAUGGGGACCUAAACCAAUACAGUUGGCCACAUUCUAUUGCCACAAUUGUUUAGAUAAACAUUCAGGAUUCAUUCAUUGUGGAUGGAAAUUCUCCAAUGAAAUAGACCCCAAAAGUAAAUGAGUAGAUCAUUGAAAAAUAAUGGGACAUUGCAUUACAUACUCUGGGCUAGUGUACUGUAUAUGUCACAUUACCAUACACAGCAUUCUCUGCAAUAUACAUGCUCACCUCCAGCUUGUUGGUGCCUAAGUUAUUUACUAACACAGCUAUAUAAAGUUCAUAUUCAUGAUGAUAUUGGUAGGAUUAAAUCCGUUCUAUAUGGAGUAAGUCAUGUUUUCUGUGUAAUCCCAUCGGGAGGAGAAGCACUGAGACGUUUCAGACAAAUUCAGGGCCGUCACAAAAUACAAAUGUCCUUUGUAAUGACAUAUACUUGUUCUUCUGGUAAAUAUCAUACUGACUGCUUUCCCAGAGACUUCGGUACUCAGCCACUUGCAAAUGUCACUAGGAUCCACAGGCAAAUUAAUACACAGGCAUUUGUAAGACAUUUAAAUCGUGACGCUGAUAGGAAAGGCAUAGUUGGUAUUUGUCAAAAGCCACUAUAAUAACCAUCUCACUAGUGUUGCUGUUUUUAAAGCUCUAUCAUUUCCUUAACCAUUAUUUAUAGACAUCCAAAUAGUCCUGGCAAUGGUGCAACUAGGCACAGAUGGGAAACCCUCAUUUAUUUGAAGUUUGAAGUUGAGAUUACUGUAUCGAUUUCUUACAGUGUCAUGCCAGGCAGAGGUUUUUCCAUUGUCUUUUCAAAUAACUGGACUUAAAAGACUUAGAGGCAGAGAGAGAGAGAGAGUAGUGGUGCAUUUCAAGACUGGGAGACCCCUUCAAGGGAUUUAAUGAAGUUAUAAUGGCAGUCAUUGAGCCAGCCAUCCAAUCAGCCAGCAAGCAAGAUACACUUGAAGAAACUGCUGUAAAACAGGGAAGUAUUGGCCUAAUUUGCUAUCAAAUGUAAGAGUAUGUACAAUCUCAUUUCUCACAAAUCACAUUUAUGCACAUUUCACAGUGGUGCUAUACUGUAUAUAACAUGGUGAUAUUUGAUGCUUCACAGUCUACCUGGAUGUUAGAUACAGUCUUGGGCUGAUUGGUCAAAUCACAGUUUUUUUCUGUUGCAGGCAAUGGCUACAUAGAGGGCAAGGAACUGGAAAACUUCUUCAGGGAGUUGGAGAUUUCACGGAAAGGGGCUGCAGUGGUAAGGGAAUGAUCCCUGGGCCUUGACUAAAGGCUCAAUUCAAUCAAACAUGUCAUAGCAAUGUUCAUAUAGUAUUUAUGUUUACAUAACUACUGCCAUUAUGGGAUGUCUUAGGCCUAUUCUGUCUCUGAUGGGUCUAUGUGGAUUUUAUUUUUUACAGUACUUCAUCCAAAACCAUUUUGUAACAACAUUUCUCUAGGGCUAUUAUACAGUAUGCUACAGCAGAUAUACUGUAAUGCUGGUUUGAUUUAAUUGAGUGAAGGGAAGUGUCAUGGCUCUGGUCUUUAAUUACAACAGUAAGUUAACUAUGUUUGGGGUUUUAUUAGGUGAAACCAAAGGACCACAACCUCAUGCAAAAACAUAUUUGACAUAGUAAUUAGUGUCAUGUGAGUUUCCUGUACCAGGAUAACAAGCAAUGGCACAAAGGAAUUCUAGCACCAACUUUUACUGACAAUAGUAAAGGUAGUAUUUUGUUUGUUCUUUAAAUCCAACAGUCACAUGUUGGCAUCUCCUCACUAAUCAAGGUUGUGGUCUAUUCUGGUAGGUGGUUAAUUGAGUUCUGUAACAAGCCCUAGAGAUAUGAACUGAUGUCUGUAAGCUGUCCAGUCCGUCUAGGACAGAGUUUCCCUAACUUUGUCCCCGGGACCCCAAGGGGUGCAUGUUUUGGUUUUUGUCUAGCACUACAAAUAAUCAAAGCUUGAUGAUUACUUGAUUAUUGGAAUCAGCUGUGUAGUGCUAGGGGAAAAACCAGAACGUGCACCCCUUGGGGUCCAGAGGACCGAGUUUGGGAAACCCUGGUCUAGGACUACUAGCAGUAAUUAAAAUGUGACUGAUUUGUCCAACCAAGUGCUAAUUAAUUAUUCAAGCAACAUCAAAACAAAGUUCUCCAGAGAGUUCUCCCACAGAUAGAAAAUAUAAUUUUUCUUGGGAGGAGUCAGUACAAUCAUUUUCCUGUCACCACAUCUCGUGUGUGUACAACAAAGGAAUCAGAGAGCAUCAGUAAUCAUGUUAGCUGGGGAGAAGAGGGUUGUCUGUUUAAGAGAGACAAUAUCUUUGUCUGCCCAGUGUAGCAAGCACUAACAUCUAAAACUACCUCUGUCACAACAAUGUGAGUGACCACAGCCCUAUAACAUGAGAGGAUGGUUUGCAUUAAAAAACAACUGAUCUUUACUGAUGUUUAUGUCAUGACAAAUUGUAUUUGCGUGUAUUUGUGUAUGUGUUAUAGGACCCAUCAAACUCCACUUUCAAAGAGAAGAUGAAGGAGUUUAUGCAAAAGUUUGACAAGAACGCAGAUGGGAGAAUUGAGAUGUCAGAGGUGAGCUGACAUUUUUCCAUGUCCUAUUUCAGGUGAUUAAGGAUUUGAAUAUACUAGUGAGGAAUAUUCCUAAUGAUCUCAGAUAGUUUGCAUAUCAAUGCAGAAAUAAUCAGACACUAUUACGGUAGAUGUGUUCUGAAACUGUUGAUGACUCAAUGAUCAAUGCUUCAUUCAAGUAAUCUUUGUCUAAAAGAUAAGAUUCUAUCAUCUAACACAGUAUUUUUCACACUAUCAAACACAGAGAAACAAAAGUUUGAAUCUUUCUUUCUUUCUUUCUUUCUCCAGCUGGCUCAGAUUUUGCCCACAGAGGAAAACUUCCUGCUUUGCUUCAGAGAGUUUGUGGGAUCCAGUUCUGAAUUCAUGGCGGUAAGUGGUGAAAAUAGAUGGUUUGAGUAUUAAGAAUGUGAAGACUGGUACAGGCUGUUUAUGUGUGUUGGUGGGAUUGGAAAGACAGAGCUACUGUAAUAAGGCAGAAUGAAAAACAACAAUUAGACACAGCAAUUAGAACCAAUAACAAUCCAAAUGUUGGAUUCCUUGCCUGGCCCAAAUCAUAUUACUGAAUUGCACUGCAAUUGCACUGCAAAAACGUAUCAUACUCUAAGGUUAUUUUUCUCUGUCAUAUGUGUCCUCUGCCAAGGGGAAAGCCACAAUCACUCACUCAUAGAGCAGACAAAAUUUCAGAGACACUUGACAGCUCUGUCAGAUUAGUCCUCAUACAGUGUGAAUGGAGAGAGUUUGAUUAUCAGUAAUAACAGGAGGGACCAUCCAGUCACCCAAUGCACACCUAUUAUGUCAAGGGCAGGAAAAAUGAAAUGAGAAAGAGAAAAUGAAUAUUUUUAAUCACCAGGUGUGGUAGGAAGGCUUUUAAAAGGAUUGAAUGAGGAAGUACAAACUUCUAUUUUCAGAGUCAUAUAUUAUAGAUGUGCUUCUGUAAUUCUCCACAGACCUGGAGAGGGAGGGCAUAUAUCUUUGAUAAGAGCCCUUUCUGGAAACAGGGACAGCUGCUAGAUUAAAACAUUAAUUAAAAUACAUUUCUACCUCCUUGCCCUCUCACAAUGUGUGGGAGAACGGAAUUGAAAAUCUGGAAAGUAUAAUGAAAACCCUAGUGUGAUUACAGGAAGAAAAAGCUAACAAUUACCAGCCACAUAAAUUGGAAAAAUGAUCUCUGUCCCUCCAGAGAGUAAUUAAUGCAUGUCACAUGCAAUCCAAUUAAUACAAUCCAGUGUGAGUGGAGGAAUGAGGUGGCUCUUUUAAAAAGUGAUUGGUACUAUUGUGGCAGCAAGUGAUUGGCUGUGUGUAAUUUUUGUUUCUUUUUCUAAUGAGUGUGACUUUGUAUUUGCAUAUAUAGGCAUGGCGACGAUACGAUACAGAUCGCAGUGGGUACAUUGAAGCUAAUGAACUGAAGGUAUGGUUUCUCACUUGUUAACGUUUUACUGCAGUGGGCUAUAUCAGGGUCACAGAGUGUUUCUUAAACACAUCUACUUUGAAACCAAAAUAUACACCUCACACACAUGGUUAUGGGCUUAAAAAAAAGAAGACACCUGUACCAUGUAUGAUACAGAGUUGAAAUGUAUUCAAUGGGAAAAGGACAUCCCAGCUGGCCAAACCCUCCCCUAACCCGGAUGACGCUGGGCCAAUUGUGCGCCGCCUCAUUGGUCUCCCGGUUGCGGCCGGCUGCGACACAGCCUGGGAUCGAACCGGGGUCUGUAGGGAGAUGCAGUGCCUUAGACCGCUGCGCCACUCGGGAGGCCAUAGUUGUUGUGUUGAUGCAGUGAGGCAAAUGGGGACAAUGCAAAUUCCUCUCUUAACGGCUGUCAGACGAGGACACUAUACAAAUCAUGACUUGUAAUACCACCCAUUAUGCUAUUGUCUGAAACUCUAAUUCAUUUCUAAAGCAUUUUCUGCUCUUAUCUGCAGGGUCUUACUGUAACACAAGCUGGUAGUGAUAGAUAGAAUGACCCUUUCUGUCAAUAAAGGAUCUGAGAAUGUAUGUGAUACUUCCAACUCUAUGUAAGCCAAUACUUACAUGACUGACGGAAAGCAAUAACUGGGGCCUCUGGGCUAAAGUAUAGACAAGCCAGGCUCGCUAAGGUCAUAGGAUUGUUUUUGACCUAUUAGUCGAUUAUAGUUUAUUCACAUUUCUCCACUCCACAGGGAUUCCUCUCAGACCUGCUGAAGAAAGCUAACAGACACUACGAUGACCAGAAGCUUCACGAGUACACACAGACAAUAGUGAGUCUUUUCAGUCUAAAUUAAUCCCUUCCUGUAUUGUGCCCAAACCCUUCCUCACAUACUUAUCUGAGAAGUAACCAACAUCCUGCACCACAGAGGGUUCUACAUGCAACCCAAAAGGGUUCUACGUGGAACCCAAAAGGGUUCUAUGUGGAGCCAAAAAGGGUUCUACCUGGAACCAAAAAGGGUUCUCCUAUGGGGACAGCUGCAGAACCCUUUUGGAACCCUUUUUUCUAAGAGUGCACUGUAUGUAUCUUUUGUCCUGUCAUGCUGGUGGCUGCCAUGUGGUUGAGUGGUUGGGAGUGGGACUCACAAUGUCCUAUGGGUUGUGUGUUCCUACAGCAGAUGUGCAAACAUCUGUUUCAACCUCAAGGCCUAAAGCUUGACCUGAAUUACUCUGGGGAGAGAACCCAUCUUUAUUGUUCAGUCUUAGAGUUGACUAGCAACUUUUAUGUACAACAGACUGACAGUGUUGCAUGGUAAAUAAUAAUACAUGUGUGAUGAGCCAAACUUGCUGUCACAACUGGUGAAGGCCCCUUGCUUUAAUGUCUCUCUCUCUCUCUCUCUCUCUCUCUCUCUCUCUCUCUCUCUCUCUCUCUCUCUCUCUCUCUCUCUCUCUCUCUCUCUCUCUCUCUCUCUCUCUCUCUCGCUCUCUCUCUCUCUCUCUCUCGCUUUCUGUAGCUCAAGAUGUUUGAUCUAAACGGAGAUGGGAAGCUGGGCCUGUCCGAAAUGGCGAGGUGACUGUCAGCAACUGAGAAUAAAUGUUUAUAUUUCAUGUGUGCCUUCAGCAUCCAACACUCCUAACAAGUUUUUUCAUGGAAAUAAUGUUAUGUUCUCUGUUCUUCUCUUUUAAGGCUUCUCCCAGUUCAGGAAAAUUUCUUACUGAAAUUCCAGGUGAGGAGGGUGCAAGAGGAACUGAUAAUCCCUCCAAACAAAUUUCAUUUUCACAGUAAUUUGGGCUAAUAACAUACCAGCAACAUGAUAAUUAGAUAUUUCAGAACACAAUCAUUAAUUUGCUAUCUAAUUUAGUAACAUGAUCCUGCUCUGUUACAAUAUGUUUUUAUUUCCAAAUGUGUUUUACAGGGUAUCAAGCUGACCUCUGAGCAGUUCAACGCUAUCUUCACAUUCUACGACAAGGUACAUUUUGAUAUGUGAUUGGAUAUUCUAAAAGGAUACAGUUUGCUAUAGAGGUAUUUAACCUUCAAUCAGGCUUGGUGGAUGACUGAGUUGUUUGUAUGACUGAUUUCCCUCUCUGUUGUGAAAACAAAUAAGCUUGAUUGGUACACCUGCUGUUCAUGUUUGAGUGUUGGUUGAACAUGUUUGCCAUUUGUGGCUGGGGAUGUCAGAUUUCAGGAACAAACUUCUGUUGUGGAAUGUAGUAAUGUCUUGGAAUAAUAGCAUUACAUCUGGCUUGGCAUGUAGUCAAUAGAGAGCUGACUUCAAACAAGUAAACCGCCAACUCAUAUUACUUGUGUGUUGUUGAUACCCCUAGAAGGAUGAAUUGAUUGAGAUAUAUGGACUAUUUGAUUUGGCAUUAUUCAAAACCUGCACUGUAUCUCUACCAAUUUCUUGUCGUCAUUGCUUUGUAUAGUGACACAUAUUUAAUUACAUAUACAUUAUUCUCUAUUGAAUUACAGUAUGUUGCUACAUUUUCCAACAAGAGAAUGCAUUAUUCUCUAUUGAGGGUUACAUUUGAUGUACAACAUUUUCACAAUAUUGUAACUAACAAUCCCUAAGACAACUAUUACAUCCGGAGGGCUUCAAAUAGCUCACAGACUCGCUGAGUGAGAGGUUAGAGCCUGUGUCUUAAGUUUAACAAAUAUUUGCAUGCCUAUGUCUGGACUAGAGGCUUGCUGAGAGGACUGGGGCAGACACUCAAUUAUAAAUGAAACAGUGUCUGUGUACACAUGAUAUGUGUUAAACAUUUAUGUGCAUAAUUAUUUCAGCGUUUGUUUCAACCUCCCCCUGCAGCUGAAUCACUAGCAGCUGCUGUCACUGCUAUGGAAUUAUUGGUAAAAAGAAGCACACCAGGUCAACUGAACACUAACAUGGCUACAGUGCCAAAAUGUAAAUGUGCAGAGCUUUGAAAAAGACAACAUUUUUGACAGCAAGCCUGUUUCCUCCGCCUUCCCAAAGAAACACCCCACCACUGUAUCUUCAGUACCAUGGCCCUUCCUCUCCACAUUUCAAGUUAUUGCUCUCGAGCAGCCAUAUACAGUACAUAUUUUGGAUUCAUGAGUGACAUGUCAAGGGACGUGUACUUUUUAAAACUUCCAUUGAAAGCAGGGAAUUAAGAAAGGUUCUAAUGCAGGCUUAUGAUACGUUACCCCUCUUUCUUCCAGGAUGGAAACGGCUACAUUGAUGAGCAGGAGCUUGAUGCUCUGUUGCGUGACCUCUAUGAAAAGAACAAAAAGGUGAGAUAAUAUUGAAGAAUUGGAGUUUAACUCUCAAUUCCCCAUAAUGUUGAAUCUCUCAUUCUAAUGCAUCAUUACAGAAGCACCUGUAUGGAUAAGGGUGUCUUGUCUUCUCUAAUCUUCUCUCAGGAGGUGGAUACCAAAAACCUGACUGGCUACAAGAAGAGCAUCAUGGCCCUGUCGGACGGGGGCAAGUUGUACCGCUCAGAGCUGGAGAUUGUGCUCUGCAGGGAGCCCAUGUUGUGAACCCUGACAACCAUCGCUGUCUGUUUUUUGACCUUCAUGACCCUAUCUGCCCAUCCCCAGAUCACACCCACCUCCAACUGCCUGACGACUGUAACCAGGUGCAUGUGCCGGGCAUUCCCUUCAUGAGUUUUGAAUGAAUGUGCACUGAGAAGCAUAAAGCAGCUCUCCCUCAUGACCCCUGUCCCCACUCGUCCCUGAAGACUGACCCAGCUCUGACGUUGCCUUCGGCUCAAUCCCUAAACUCUACAUUUAACUAAAUGAAUAAAGAUAAUAAAGGUACUUCUGCUAAUUAUGAUUGCAAUGUGAACAGGAGUGGAAUGAAAUUGUCAGUUGGUAGAGCAUGGCGCUUGCAACGCCAAGGUUGUGGGUUUGAUUCCCACGGGGGGCCAGUAUGAAAAAUAAAUAAAAUGUAUGUAUGUACUAACUAACUAACUAACUGUAAGUCGCUCUGGAUAAGAGCGUCUGCUAAAUGACUAAAAUGUAAAAUAUGAUACGAUUAUUUAUUCUGAAUGCUUGGUUUGACUUUCCUCCUCUCUUUUUUCUC